AUGGAUGAGCUGCCGGGCGAAGUGCUUCUCCUCGUGAUGAGCUUCUGCGGGGCUGCCGAGCUCGCGGCACUCGCGGCGACCAGCUGCCGCCUUGCGAGCCACGCCCUUGACGACCCCCUGUGGCGGCGCCUCUUCGUGGCCCGCUUCUUCGAGCCACCGCCUCCGCUGGAGCCGCAGUACCUUCCCCCCUCUGCCCUCAGCACACACUGCUUCAGCACCAAGAAGGAAGACGAACACGACGAAAAAGAAGAGGAGGAAGAGAAGGAGCCGGUUCAGGAGUGCUUCUGGGCUUCUGUCCUGCGCCCGCAACCAAAGCUGCCAGACGAUGCCCGGUUGAGGCGAGACCGGUGGUCGCAGAAGCCACCUCCGUUGCCUCGGGAGUGGUUCAUGUACGCUCCGGCCUGGGCGAGCGGCGGGCGAGACUGGAUAGCCGGGCGUAUGACGCCUCACGCUAGCGACUCUCCCAUCUUUCCCACUGCCUUCUAUCGAAGCGCAUCAUGUCAGUUCUUCGCGAGUUGGCACGAUUGCUUCGCCUACCACGCCAUGAUGUACCACGUGCGUGGGCGGAUCCGGCCGCUCAUGGCCGGCCACCUGCUGCCCGCACACGCCCUGUUGGCCCUGCUCGACCAGGCCCGGCAGGCACUGUCGCAGGAACCCAACGUGCUGCGCUUGGCAGGGCCAGUCACCGUGGUUGGCAGCCUGCAUGGGCAGCACGUCGAUUUGCUCAACCUGUUUCUCAUCAAUGGAGAGCCACCCGACACGAACUAUCUGUUCCUCGGGCGCUAUGUGAACCGCGGUCUGUACGGAGUCGAGACGGCGUCGCUGCUGCUGGCGCUUAAGGUGGCCUUCCCCGAGCGCAUCCACCUGCUGCGCGGCAGCCACGAAACCCGGCAGAUUACCGAAAUCUACGGCUUUAAGGACGAGUGCUUGAGAAAGUAUGGCGGCGGCGGCGGCGGCGGCGAAGAGGUGUGGCAGGCGUUCAUGAACACGUUUGAUGCCCUGCCUGUGGCCGCCAUCAUUAACGACAAGACGCUCUGCCUGCACUCGGGGUUGAGCCCGAGCUUGGAUACUAUCGCUCAGAUCGAAGAGCUUGACCGGUUUCAGGACAUACCGCCAGAAGGGCCACUAGCGGACUUGGCUUGGAACCAGCCGGAAGAUGUCGAAGGCUGGCAGAUUCCCCCCAGGGCUGCUGGUUUCCUCUUCGGUUCAGGCGAUUGGCUGGACAAGCACGGGCUCGACCUGCUCGUGACCACCAGCAGCCUCGUCAUGGAGGGUGACAUACGGCAGGGCGCCAAGCCUGCCGCUGCCGGUAGGGCGAGAGCCGCUUCUCCGCACGACCUGAAGAACAUGAGGGACACGGCUCUCGCUGUCGCCCUCACCAACCCAGACGCGCACACGGAUCAUUUCCCAGCAGAAGCCUCGUACUUUGCCAAGCCGCUCCCCCAUGCGAGGCCGUUCGCGUUCCUGCUUGGCGCCGCCGACAGCGCCACUGUUGGAUUAGAUCUGAACGGUGGCCAAAGGAGCACAGAGGGCGGGCACGACCACGGCACCCCCGGUGGCCUUACCACCGCCUCCUUCGUCGACCUCGACCUCGACCUCAACUGUCCCACCACCACGCCCACCGACACCAACACACCAGCACCCUCUCCUUCAUCUCUCUUCUGCUCGCCUGCCAGCCUGGCCUCGCCAUCUACGCCGCUGUCGUCGCCCUUUAGCGCUCCCGGCUACUACACGCCGCUCUCGUCGCCCUACCAGAGCCCCUACGCGCCCUCGGCGGCGGCGGCGGCGCCGAUGACGGCAGAGGCGGAGACGAUGAUGGCCGCACUGAACGCUCUGCGGCUCGAGCUGGAGCGCGAGCGGGCGCGAAUGGAGGCCGAGCGGCGGGAGCUGCAGCAGGUCCGCGAGACGCGCGAGUGGGAGCGGCAGGUCGACGCGCGGUCGCUGCAGGCCCAGGGCCACACCUCCGACCAGCCCAUCGUGCUGGCCGACGAUGACAACGAUGUCGAUAAGGUUGACGACAAAGCCGGCGACAAGGUCGACAAAGCCCCGCAGGCCGCCGUUGAGACGAAGCACCGGCAGGUCGAGGUCGUGGUGGUGGACGAUGACGAGCCCGAGGCGGUGGCGCCGGCAGCGGUGGAGCCGCCGAAGCCGCGCAGGAUCGCCAAGAGAAAGAACAAGCCGCAGCCGUCAGUCAUUUCCGAGGAACAGACGCCGGCGGCGGCGAAGAAGGCCAAGCGCUCGGACAGCUCCGGUGGCGGCGGUGAUGACGGUGGUGGUGGUGGCGACGGGGCGAAGGCGACGCUGCAGGGCCUUGACGUCGAGGCCGGCAGCCACAAGCUGAUGGAGAAGGUGGUGGCGGUGGUGGAUGAGCGCGAGCUCUUCACCAUCGUCAGCGACGACGAUGACGAGACGACGAACGGCGACAACGAGGAGGACGAUAAGGACGACGACGACGCUGACGAGAGCGAGGGUGUGACGGCCACGCAGGAUUCCCCGUGGUCUAGCCCGCCGGCACCAGUCCCGCCAGUGGUGGAAGCCGAGGAGAAGGCCGGCGAGGCGCUGCGCUCGGAACCUGCGGAAACGAAGCCGGGCAAUGAAGCUGUGGUGGUGGCGCCGCCACAGAACGAAGCCGAGGCCGAGGCCGAAGGCCGAAGACUCCAGAAUUGGUCCGAUGAAGCCACGGGUGCGGCGGAAUCCGCCGUGGCGCGCGUGGAGGAGGAGACGGUGCGAGACGUCACCGCGGCGCUGCCGGCCGAACGCGUAAGCGACGCCCGACCAGACCAAAUGGCGCGGGCGCCGCCGAAGGAAGAGGCUGGCGGCGCAGACAUGGCGAGCGAGAAGCCGGGCCAUGACGAGGAGCACGAAGAAGAGGAGGAGGAAGAAGAAGAAGAGCCGGCGCAGCUGCCAAAGUGUCGCGAGUGCUGCACAACCGAAACCACCACCUGGAUGAGGGGUCCCGCGGGUCCCUGCACUCUUUGCGACAGCUGCGGGCACCGGUUUAAGAAGGAGGAGGACGCGCGAGAGCGCGCGCGCAUCGAACGCCGGCAGGCACUCGCCGCGCGCAAGAAGAAGAGGAAGACAUUGCUCGACAAGCAGUCCCCAGCAGGGACGCAAAAGAAGCGCCUCAGCCCCAAGGCGACCACUUCGGCCAACGACCAGGAAGAGGACUCGCCCGUCAUCGGCAAAUACGCCACCGGCGUUCGCAACGAAGCGGCGGCCUCGCGCGUAAGGCGGACCAACGAAAGGCUGGGAGCGUCGAUCCCCAGCUACCCGCAUCCGGCUUCAUUCGGACCCAUCGAUGGCGUGGACAUUGGAGACUGGUUUCCCAACCGAAUCAUCACAUCCAAGAGCGGUGUGCAUCGGCCGUGGGUGUCGGGCAUCCAUGGGACGGCCAAGACCGGCUGCUAUUCAAUCGUACUCAACGGCGGCUACGAAGACGACGUCGACCACGGAACCACGUUUCUCUACACCGGCAGCGGCGGGCGAGACCUCUCGGGAAACAAGCGCACGGCCCCGCAGACCUCGGACCAGCCCCUGAACAACAACAAUGCGUCGCUGGUCAAGAGCUGCGACGACCACACCCCGGUGCGCGUGGUCCGCGGCAAGCGCUCGGGCGCGUACGCCCCGACGGAGGGCUAUCGCUACGACGGCCUCUACUACGUCACCCGCUACUGGCAAGAGCCGGGCCAGAGUGGGUUCAAAGUCUGGCGAUUUAAGUUCAAAUACGGAGAGGACCAGACGCCUCCGUGGGAGAUGGAAGGCUACAGUGAGCACCGAGAGCGGUGGGACACCAAGCACGGCCUCACGCAGCUGUCCGACGACGAAGGCGAAGGCAAGGAUGAUGACUCAGAUGAUGACGAGGAGGAGAACGAAGAAGAAGCGCCGGACGAUGGACACAGAGGAGGAAAGCGUCGGGUGAAGCUGGAGGAGGAGGAGGAGGAGAGAGACGAUGGGGGACAUGGGCACAAAAAGGAGGAGCGGGCAGGCCAUCGAGCAAAGCGCGCCAAGGUGAAGGCGGAGACCUCCGCCAAGACGACGAAGCCUGCAAUGAAGAAAAAGAAGUGGGAAGAGAGGCAGUCCAACGAGCCGGCCAAUAUCAAGAAGCGGAAGGUCAUGGAGGCCCAUUCCGCUGCAGACAAGGAGAACGCCAAGAACGGAAGCCCCGAGCGGGUGGCUUGA